AUGUUGGUCCCGAAAGCAAAUCGCAUCGCUGUGUACUCGUACCUCUUCAAGGAGGGCGUUAUGGUGGCAAAGAAAGAUUUUUCAUUGCCUAAGCACCAGGCUGUGGACGUACCAAACCUCCAGGUUAUCAAGCUCAUGCAGUCGUUAAAAUCUCGUGGCUAUGUCAAGGAGACGUUUAACUGGCAGUGGUUUUACUGGUACCUCACGAAUGAGGGUAUCGAGUACCUGCGCUGUUACCUACACCUUCCUGCUGAGAUUGUGCCAGCUACACUAAAGAAGCAGGCUGCUCGUCCCACACGCCCGCAGGCCCCCCCCACUGGUGGCUUUGGCCGCGGUCGUUUUGACAAAGAUAAGGGUGUCGGUCCAUCUGGCGAUUUCAACCCAGAAUUUCUCCGCACCGGUCAGGACGGCUACCGCCGCGAGGCUUCCAACUAA